AUGCUACCGGAUGAUCUCUAUUCGAAGCUUGCAGAGGGAGCAGAAUCAACGAAAGCAGCUAGCGCAAUGGAAUCUCUCUCGGAAAAAACCCCACUAAAGAUCGGAGACACGGUCUAUAAGUUGGACGUCUCGAAGAUUCCAUACCUCGCGGCUUUCGUCAAAUUUCAACGUCUUUCUCGACCGGGAGAUGAUUUAGAUCUUGUCCAUGGUGAUAUUGCUUUGUUCGAUGUUGCUCUCAAGGGGUUGGAAUCAGGGUAUCGACAAUGCUUCCGGUGUUUGCGAGGAAAUAUCUCGCAGUAUCACACACUCUGUGAGACGUAUGAUUUCCUUCGAGUUGACGUCCUCCGCGGCCAGUCAAUUGAUACUAUUUUUGCCGACUUGAAAGCCUGCAAGACCGAUUACAAGUUUGACUAUCAGCGUCCUCGGGCUGUAAAGGGCGAUAAGACCCAAGCACGAGACGCGGCAUUUCGACUUUUAUUUCUCAUCAUAAGGGGCAAAUUCAGCGACGAGAAGAAAGACCCUGCUAAGGUUUACAAUGCUGUCCUGUUCAUUGUCUCGCACUCAGCUACUUUCAAGCCAGCCACCCGGUUUGUAGUGUGA